AUGUCAUUGAUAUUGCUCGCAGAAUGUGUGAUUUCCAUUCUAGAGGAUCUCUUUCGCCGAGCAGCAAUAUUAGCCCGUGAGAGAGAGCGCGACUUUCGAUCCGCAUGGUCAGUAAACCCCGAUUUCGUUCCUCCCGGCGGGGUGAGGAGUUUAUCAGCGCAACAAUCCGCUGCUCGCUUCGAGCGCUCUAUUCGUGGCAUCUUCGAUCGAAACAUCAGUUGUCCCAUCCCUGAGGCAAAUUGUGAUCUGUUCUUGGGGAAGCUCAGAGUGGGCGGCGAGGCCAAAUCACGAGCCAUGAAGCAGAUCUUACGGCGUCGACUUCGGAAAGUUUUUGCUAUGUUAGUCGAUGUGAAGACCUUCGUCGGACGCGGGAGCGGCAUCGUACAAGGAUCUGUGAAACAGAUUACCGAAGACCUUCUCCACCGCGUGGAGUCUUUACAAGGAAGAAUAGAAUUGGCGGAGUAG